UUGUAAUUUGUUGUUGUUGAGUGAAUUAUAAUUGAAAAUAAUUGAAGAUAAAUUUAGAAAAAAAAAAAUCGUGCAACAAUUAUAAGUGUUUGUUUGAAAGAACAAAAGGAUCGUGCAGAUCGUUUUUAGGAGAACAUUUUUGGGAUAAAUAUUUCGUGGAAACUAGAAAUCAAGGAAGAAGGUUGCAUGCUGAAACAAUUGACCUUCGGACUAAACGAGAAGAAAGGUUUGAAGGUCCUUAUGGUAGGAGAAAGGCGUGGCAGAUCUAUUCCGGGCGAGAUCCAAGGGCUAAAGGGUUGGCCCCGUCGUUGGAUCCAUUAUAGGCCAAUAAUUAUAUUUAAAAGUCAAAUUACAAAUGGCAGAUCGGAUGAACAUUAAAAAAUAUGAAAAUCAUUCUGAUAAUGAUGUUAACAAAUUACCAUUGAUACCACCAUCCAAUUCUAUUAACAAUAACAACAAUAAUGUCAAUGAUAAUAGCGAAGAAAGUACAGUAAUGGAUAAAACAUAUUUGGAAAAAGAUUUGAUGAACAAUCGAUUACCAAAAAUCGAUCAUAAAAACCCUAAUCGAUUUAAAAGAGCACCCAUAGUUGGUUGGCACAAUGGGAGUCCAACUGUAUUCCCAAGUUCACCUUGUAAAACACCUGAACCUGAUCUUUACAACAACCGAAUUGAUUUCGAUGGUCCCAUCAGUGAAAUAUCAUCGUCAAAAAGUUCAGGCAUUUGUCAGGAUUCGUCAGGUAACACUGAAGAUUUGAGUAGUUUGGCUGACGAAAGAUUAUUGGAAUCAACACCUGCACGUACGAUUGACAGAAGUAUCGAAUCAUUGUCACCUGACAAGGAUACAUUAUUGACGAUGUCACCUGACAAUAAUUUUGGUAGAAAUCGUGUGUUGAGUUUGGGCGAUGAGUUAGGUGACAAAUUUGAUUUUUUAAGUCCUGACACUGAUGGUACGGAAGAUAACAGAAUGUUUUCUACGACACCUAUUGAACAUCAAUCAAAAAAAAGUCCGAUUAAAGUGAACACGAUGAAGGAUGAUACAAUAUUACCAAUAAUUAUAGCAAAUCCUGGGUAUCAAGGUGACAUGGUCAAAGAUAUCAGCGAUUUUGACAGUGCAGUUGACUUGGAAAAUGAUUUGGAUUCUACCAUUGAUGAUAAAGACAAGAAAAAACCACGUAUACCUGAUGGUGGUUGGGGUUGGGUUGUAGUUUUAGCUUCCUUGGUUAUUUCUAUGAUAGCUGAUGGUGUUUCAUUUAGUUUUGGUUUACUUUAUAUUGAAUUCCUCAAAGAAUUUGGUGCUAGUAAAGCCAAGACAGCGUGGAUUGGUUCACUGUUUAUGGCAGUACCGUUGUUAUCGGGUCCUGUAAUGUCAGCUUUAGUUGAUCGUUACGGUUGUAGGAAGAUGACUAUUGCUGGUGGUUUGAUUUCUGGAAUUGGUUUUGUUCUGAGUUGUUUUAGCAACACCAUCGAGGUAAUGUAUUUGACAUUUGGCGUGAUUGCGGGUUUGGGUUUAGGUUUGUGCUACGUCACUGCGGUAGUGAGCAUUGCUUAUUGGUUUGAUAAAAAACGAACGUUAGCUGUAGGACUUGGUGCAUGUGGUACAGGUAUUGGUACAUUUGUUUAUGCACCUAUGACAACAUUUUUCAUAGAAGAAUACGGUUGGCGUGGUACUUGUCUUAUGUUAGCUGGUACAUUCUUCAAUAUGAUCGUAUGUGGUGCUGUCAUGCGUGACCCAGAAUGGUGGAUAUUGGAACAAAAGAAACAACAACAACAAUUGUCAUCACCGAAAAAAUCCAACACAAUUAAAUCGGAAAUUGAUGGUAAUGGUUCGACCCAUGAAUUAUAUUCCGAUGAGUUUCCAGGUUUUGAUGAAAUUAGACAAAUGUUGAAAACUGGUAAACCGGAAUAUUUGCUUCAAAGUCUUGGAACAAGUAAUGCAACACCUAAUCGUACUGCCACACGUGGUUCUACUUUUCGUAGUGUCGUCAAUUUACCUACUUUCGUCAAGGAAUGCGAAAAGGUGCCAUUAGAAGUUUUACAAUCGUUAUCAGCCAAUUCAAGACUUUACAAUGUUAUAUUAGAAAAUUAUCCAAAUCUUUUGAAGUGUCGUAGUAUGUCGGAUAAAUUAACAGAUGAUUCGUCAGGGAUAGAUGAUUAUAAGAAUACAGGUGUCACCAUGACUAUGAGAGUCAAGAUGGCGGAUGAUACAACGAAUGUUCAUCAAAUUCAAGAUAACAACGAGAAGAUUAACGCUGAGAAAAAAAUUCUACAAGAAAUCGAUGAAUCUAGUCAUUUUAUAAAAAAGGAUGUUGCUAUACCUAUGACAGAUAAUGAGAAAGUGAAAUCAAGACACCAUAUACCAGGUUUGACAGACGGUGUCGUUAGAACUGAUUCAUUGCCAUGGUUGAGAAGACAAUUUAGCACAAAUACUCAUUAUUUCAAAGACAUUAGAGUACAUAGAAAUUCUGUCAUGUAUCGAGGUGCAGCAUUGAAUUUACAAAAGUACAGAUUGAGAGCAAGCAGUUGUCCUAAUAUUUAUAGAAACAGUAUGACCACAUUGGCCAAAGAAAGUGAAGAGAAAUGGUACAGCGAGUUGGUUAACUUGUUGAAAGGUAUGAUGGAUUUUUCAAUGUUUUUGGAAUUUCAUUUUUUGUUGAUGUCACUGUCAACAAUAUUAUUAUUCACUUGGUUUAUCGUACCAUACUUUUAUCUUGCUGAACAUUUAACAAGAAACGGUUAUGCUGAGACAGAUGGUGCUAAUUUACUUAGCAUUAUUGGUAUAACGAAUACAAUUGGUAUGAUCGGUCUUGGAUGGGCAGGUGAUCAACCAUGGAUGAACGUUAGCAAAACUUACGCAUGUUGUUUGGCUAUUUGUGGUGUAUCAACUAUGUUAAUGUCAACUUUUACUUUACAUUAUGUACCAUUGAUGAUAACUUCAGCAUCCUUUGGAUUAUUUUUUGCCAGUAGUUUUAGUUUUACACCAGUUAUAUUGGUUGAAUUGAUACCAUUGGAAAGAUUUACAACAGCUUAUGGUCUUACUUUAUUAUGUCAAGGUAUUGGAAAUCUUUUAGGACCACCGCUGGCCGGUUGGUUAUUUGAUAUCACAAAUUCAUGGGAAAUGUCAUUCAUGAUGGCUGGUAUGUGGAUUAUUGUUGCUGGUUUUUUGAUUGGUAUCAUACCUUUCACCAAAAAUCGCAAGAUUUGGGGUAGUGGUUUGAUUGAAAUGGAACGUUUAACUUUGACUCAGAAUCAAGCAUAGUUUGAUCUGAAUUAGAAUGAUUUAGGCAUGAGUUUUUUUCUGUUGAUUUUUUAGUAUUAGAAAAAAAAUAAAGUAAGAUUUAAAUUGAGACAAGUAUUUUCUCAAUUAAAUGGUGUAUUAAUUAUCAAUUUGAUUGUAUAUUUAAAUCUUGCUAAAUCUUUUUACAAGUACACCCAUCGUGCCAGGACAAAUACUAUUGUCCCUGUUUUUCUAGUCUUAUUAGAAUAAUUAUAAUAAUAAUAAUAAUAAUAAUGAUAAGUAGAGAGUCUCGAAUUAUUAUUUAAUUGUUA